AUGGGAGAGCUCAGCCCUUUGGGGCGCACGUGUGCGGCUUCCUGUUCGCAUUUCGGCGUGGACGCGCCUAAAGCUACCGAUCGCUAUCUGCGCAGUCGGGCGUUGUCGCGCGUCAACGCCGAUCGCCUAAACGGCCUACGCCAUAAUAAGUUUUGCGCGGCCUAUGGGCUCGGCCGUUGCGAAAUCGGGCGCGCCGAGCCGCCGCCGGUCGUUUCCAAAGGGCCCUCAGCCCGUGGCCAUUUGAAUAUUAAUACGUCCACGUACUGGCGCGUGCAAAUUCGUUUUGCGUCUGCAUCGCGCAUUUAUGUUGAUGACGAUCCCCGAUAUAGCGGAAGCAUACAAGCAGCGAGCGUG